CCCGCCCGGCCGGGCCUGAGCGGGUCUCUGUGUGUGCCUGCCUCGGCGGGAGCGAGACGGAGCCGUCCCCCAGCCCGGCUUAGCUCCGCACCCCCCGCCUGCUGCCCCUUCCCACGCCCUCCCCUCCCCCUUUGACCAUGAUCGCCGCCGCUUUCCUCGUUCUGCUGAGACCCUACAGCAUCCAAUGCGCCCUCUUCCUCUUGCUGCUCCUGCUGGGGACCAUCGCCACCAUCCUCUUUUUUUGCUGCUGGCACCGCAAGCUCCAGAAGGGGAGGCACCCCAUGAAAUCGGUCUUUUCGGGGCGCUCGCGGAGCCGAGAUGCCGUCAUGCGAUCCCACCACUUUCGCUCCGAGGUAAUUUAUUUAGCGCGCACUCUCAAGGGAUAUAGACCAAGUCCUCGUCACGCUAGAAGACGAGUAACAGCUCGUCUUGAAGAAUCCCAGCCUAUAGUGGAAGUACACCAUCAGAGUGAGCAAGAAACUUCUGUGAGGAAACGGAAAAUCAAAAAAAGCAGUCGUGUCCAACCAGAAUUUUACCACUCUGUUCAAGUCACUCCAACUCGGAAGCCUAGCUCUGGCAACGCUUCUUACCGCUGCUCGAUGUCUUCUUCGGCGGAUUUUUCCGACGAAGAUGAUUUCAGCCAGAAGUCGGGUUCUGCCUCUCCAGCUCCGGGAGACACUCUCCCGUGGAACCUGCCCAAACACGAGCGGUCCAAGAGGAAGAUCCAAGGCGGCUCGGUGCUGGACCCUGCCGAGAGGGCCGUGCUCAGGAUCGCAGAUGAACGGGACAAAGUUCAAAAGAAAACUUUCACUAAAUGGAUAAACCAGCAUCUCAUGAAGGUUCGAAAGCGUGUGAAUGACCUCUAUGAAGACCUAAGGGAUGGACACAACUUGAUCUCUCUUUUAGAGGUCCUUUCAGGAGACACCUUGCCAAGGGAGCGAGAUUUUUUGAAGACCUUACGGUUGGUGAGUUCAACAGAAGCAUGCGAGUAUGAACAGCAUGAGGAUGUGGAGGAUGAGGAUAAGGGGCCCAGAGAAAAAGGUCGGAUGCGUUUUCACAGACUACAGAAUGUACAAAUUGCACUUGACUAUUUGAAAAAACGCCAGGUGAAACUAGUGAACAUUAGAAAUGAUGACAUAACUGAUGGAAAUCCCAAAUUGACUUUGGGGUUGAUAUGGACAAUAAUUUUGCACUUUCAGAUAUCUGAUAUCCAUGUUACUGGAGAGUCAGAGGAUAUGUCUGCUAAAGAGAGGCUAUUAUUAUGGACACAGCAGACAACCGAGGGUUAUGCUGGAAUACAUUGUGAAAAUUUCACUACCUGCUGGAGAGAUGGAAAAUUAUUUAAUGCCAUCAUUCAUAAAUACAGGCCGGACCUGAUAGACAUGAAUACCGUUGCUGUUCAAAGCAACCUUGCAAAUUUAGAACAUGCUUUUUAUGUAGCAGAGAAAAUUGGUGUCACAAGACUUCUGGAUCCUGAAGAUGUUGACGUCUCUUCACCUGAUGAGAAGUCAGUAAUAACUUAUGUGUCAUCACUUUAUGAUGCAUUUCCCAAAGUACCAGAAGGUGGCGAAGGAAUCAAUGCAAAUGAUGUUGAAGUCAAAUGGGUUGAAUACCAGAAUAUGGUGAACUACCUCAUCCAGUGGAUCAGGCACCAUGUCACUAUAAUAUCUGACAGGACAUUUCCCAACAAUCCCAUAGAACUAAAGGCACUUUACAAUCAAUAUUUGCAGUUUAAAGAAACAGAAAUUCCACCAAAGGAGAUAGAGAAAUCAAAAAUUAAACGACUAUAUAAAUUACUAGAGGUUUGGAUAGAGUUUGGACGAAUCAAACUUCUGCAAGGCUACCAUCCAAAUGACAUAGAGAAAGAAUGGGGGAAACUCAUUAUUGCCAUGCUAGAAAGAGAGAAGUUGCUUCGGCCAGAAGUAGAGAGAUUGGAAAUGCUGCAACAGAUUGCAAACCGAGUACAGAGAGACAGCGUGUGCUGUGAAGACAAACUGACACUUGCUCGGAAGGCACUGCAGAGCGAUUCUAAAAGGUUGGACUCUGGGCUCCAGUUCCAGAAUGAAGCAGAAAUCGCUGGAUACAUUCUUGAAUGUGAGAACCUUUUGCGCCAACAAGUAAUUGAUGUGCAAAUUCUUCUUGAUGGAAAAUAUUAUCAGGCAGAUCACCUUGUGCAGAGGGUUGCAAAACUUCGUGAUGAAAUAAUGGCCUUACGGACUGAGUGUUCGUCGGUAUACAGCAAAGGACGCACUCUGACAACUGAACAGACAAAACUCAUGAUAUCAGGAAUAACACAAAGUUUAAACUCGGGAUUUGCACAGAACUUAAACCCUUGCUUAAACUCAGGUCUGACCCAGAGUUUAACACCUUCCCUGACCCCUUCAAACUUGACAUCGGGCCUGACUACCAGACUGACAUCAUCGGUCACUCCUGUCUAUACACCAGGAUUAAUCCAAAGUUAUAGCUCAGGAGUAGACACAAAUGCAUUGCAAACCCUCAAGCUGAUGCAGAUCAGAAAGCCCCUUUUGAAGUCAUCUUUAGUAGAUCAGAACUUGACAGAAGAAGAAGUCAACAUGAAAUUUGUCCAGGACCUUUUAAACUGGGUUGAUGAAAUGCAGGUACAGCUCGAUCGUUGUGAGUGGGGAUCAGAUUUGCCAAGUGUGGAAAGCCAUUUAGAAAAUCACAAAAAUGUUCACAGAGCUAUCGAAGAAUUUGAAUCUAGCCUUAAGGAAGCUAAAAUCAGUGAGAUUCAAAUGACAGCACCUCUUAAGCUCACUUAUGCAGAAAAGUUGCACAAAUUGGAAAGUCAGUAUGCAAAACUGUUGAAUACAUCGAGAAAUCAGGAAAGACAUUUGGACACUCUUCACAACUUUGUAUCUCGGGCAACUAGUGAGCUUAUUUGGCUGAAUGAGAAAGAAGAGGAGGAGGUUGCCUAUGACUGGAGUGAAAGGAAUUCUAACAUAUCCCGGAAAAAGGAAUACCAUGCAGAGUUAAUGAGAGAACUUGAUCAAAAAGAAGAUAUUAUAAAAUCAGUUCAGGAAAUAGCAGAGCAACUACUUCUGGAAAACCAUCCUGCCAGGCUAACAAUUGAGGCUUAUAGAGCUGCAAUGCAGACACAAUGGAGCUGGAUUUUACAACUUUGUCACUGUGUGGAACAACACAUAAAAGAAAACUCUGCAUAUUUUGAGUUUUUCAGUGAUGCCAAAGAAGCUACAGACUAUUUAAAGAACUUAAAAGAUGCCAUUUACCGGAAGUACAGUUGUGAUAGGAACAGCAGCAUUCACAAACUUGAAGACCUGGUCCAGGAAUCUAUGGAAGAAAAAGAACAACUUUUGCAAUACAAGAGUACAGUAGCAAGUCUGGUGGGGAGAGCAAAGGCAAUAAUUCAGCUGAAGCCCAGAAAUCCUGAGAAUCCACUCAAAGCAUCCAUUCCAAUUAAAGCCAUCUGUGACUACAGACAAAUUGAGAUAACUAUUUACAAAGAUGACGAAUGUGUAUUAGCAAGCAAUUCUCACCGUGCUAAAUGGAAGGUCAUUAGUCCAACUGGGAAUGAGGCCAUGGUCCCAUCUGUGUGCUUUACAGUUCCUCCACCGAACAAAGAAGCAAUUGAAACUGCCAACAGAAUUGAGCAACAGUUUCAGAACGUGCUGGCUCUGUGGCAUGAGUCACAUAUCAAUAUGAAGAGUGUGGUUUCCUGGCACUAUUUGACACAUGAAAUUGAUGCAAUUCGGGCUGGCAAUGUUGCUUCGAUAAAAACAAUGCUACCUGGUGAACAUCAGCAAGUUCUGAGCAAUCUGCAGUCCCGUUUUGAAGAUUUCCUGGAAGAUAGCCAGGAAUCCCAAAUAUUUUCAGCCUCAGAUGUAACCCAGCUGGAAAGGGAGGUUAAUAUUUGCAAGCAAUAUUAUCAGGAACUUCUAAAAUCAGCAGAAAGAGAGGAGCAAGAGGAAUCUGUUUAUAACCUGUAUAUCUCAGAGGUCCGAAAUGUCAGACUUCGGUUGGAGAACUGCGAAGACCGCUUGAUUAGGCAAAUCAGAACUCCUCUGGAGAGAGAUGAUCUGCAUGAAAGUGUAUUCAGGAUCUCAGAGCAAGAGAAACUCAAAAAAGAAUUGGAUCGACUCAAAGAUGAUUUGACAACAAUCACUGACAAGUGUGAAGAAUUUUUUAGCCAGGCUGCUGCAUUGCCUUCAGUCCCUACAUUACGAUCUGAGCUCAAUGUAGUCAUUCAGAGCAUGAAUCAAGUCUAUUCGAUGUCUUCUAUUUAUAUAGACAAAUUGAAAACAGUUAAUUUGGUUCUGAAAAAUACUCAAGGGGCAGAAGCUCUUGUAAAGCUGUAUGAAACUAAACUCUGUGAGGAAGAAGCUAUUACUGCUGACAAGAACAAUAUUGAAAAUCUUAUGAGUACUUUAAAGCAAUGGAGAUCUGAAGUGGAUGAAAAGAGAGAGGUAUUUCAUGCUUUGGAAGAUGAAUUACAGAAAGCCAAAACCAUUAGUGAUCAGAUGUUUAAAACGCAUAAAGAACGUGACCUGGACUUUGACUGGCACAAGGAGAAGGCAGACCAGUUGGCUGAGAGAUGGCAAAAUGUUCAUGCUCAAAUUGAAAACAGGUUACGUGACUUAGAAAGUAUUGGAAAGUCUCUAAAGUACUACAGAGAUACUUACCAUCCUCUUGAUGAUUGGAUUCUACAUGUUGAAGAUACUCAACGAAAAAUUCAGGAAAACCAGCCUGACAACAGCAAAACUCUGGCAACACAGCUGAAUAAGCAAAAGAUGCUGGUGUCUGAAAUUGAAAUGAAACAGAAUAAAAUGGAUGAAUGCCAAAAGUAUUCAGAACAAUACUCAACUGCUGUCAAGGACUAUGAGCUACAGACAAUGACCUAUCGGGCCAUGGUAGAUUCCCAACAAAAAUCUCCAGUGAAGCGCAGAAGAAUGCAGAGCUCAGCUGAUGUCAUUGUACAAGAGUUCAUGGAUUUACGAACCCGCUAUACUGCUUUGGUUACUCUAAUGACUCAAUACAUUAAAUUUGCUGGGGAUUCUUUGAAAAGACUAGAGGAAGAAGAGAAGUCCGUACAAGAAGAAAAGAAAGAGCAUGUUGAAAAAGCCAAAGACUUACUGAAAUGGGUGUCAAAUGUGAGCAAGACCCUGAAAGGAGAAGGUGAAAAGUCUGGAAAGAAACCUUUUUCUAAGCACCAGAUUUCCAGUGAAGAAAUAUCAGCCAAGAAAGAACAAAUAUCUGAAGCAUUGCAAACUGCACAGUUAUUUUUGGCUAAGCACGGUGACAAAAUGACUGAUGAAGAGAGACGUGAAAUGGAAAAGCAAGUUAAAUCACUUGAAAGUUGCAAUUUGUUAUUCAGUGAAACUCUAAAGGAACUGCAGGAUUCACAAAUAGUAAGAGAUGAAGAGGUGGAGGAGAAGGUGGACAGAGUGAUUGGUGGUGUCCUUGAUCUGACAACUGGAGAGAUUCUCUCAAUCUAUCAGUCAAUUUUAAAUGGUCUUGUUGACUACGACACUGGCAUUAGGUUACUUGAGUCUCAGCUUAUUCUUUGUGGCAUAAUUUCACCAGAAUUAAGAAAGUCCUUUAGUCUGCAAGAAGCCGAAAGUCAUAAACUUAUUAAUGAACAGAUUCUGUCUCAACUUCAGCCACUGAGCAAAAUUAAGGAAAUGAUUUUGGCUGCCUCACCUACAACACUUUCAGUUAUAGAUGUUUUGAAUAAACAUCUGAUUUCCGAAUCUAUGGCCAUCAGGAUUCUCGAGAUUCAGCUUUCCACAGGAUAUCUCGUUAUUCCAGCAACCAGAGAGCAUCUAACCUUAAAGAAGGCUUUCCAAAGGAAUUUGGUUUCUGCAACCAUAUUUUCAAAGCUUCUGGACAGGCAAAACAUGUGCAAAGAUCUCAUUGAUCCCAACACGUUUGAGAAGAUCUCUCUUACAGAGAUGGUGCAAAGGAGUAUCUUCCAUGAAGAGAUUGGGAUGAGACUUUUGCCUGUAAGACCACAUGAAGGAGGUAAAAUAACACUGAAAUGUGGAAGGAAGAUGAACAUCUUAAGAGCGGCCCACGAAGGUCUUAUCAGCCGUGAGAUCAUGUUCCGGUUGAUUGGUGCGCAGCUUGUUUCUGGUGGCUUGGUUGAUGGUGAUUCUGGGCAGAAGAUGACGAUUGAAGAAGCUGUCCAGGAAGGGGUAAUUGACCCAGAUACUGCAAAUAGUAUUCUCAUUCAUCAGGUGCAAACAGGUGGAAUCAUAAGUUCAAAUCCAGCCAAACGUUUAACUGUCGAUGAAGCUGUUCAGUGCAAUUUAAUAUCAUCCAGCAGUGCACUUUUGAUACUAGAAGCACAGCGAGGUUAUGUGGGGCUCAUUUGGCCUCAAUCUGGUGAAAUUUUUCCCACAUCAUCAUCUUUACAGCAGAGAUUGAUCACCAGCGAACUGGCUUGCAAAAUACUGGAUGGCAGGCAGAAAAUAGCUGCCCUUUAUAUUCCAGAAACUUCUCAAGUUAUUGGCCUAGAUCUUGCUGCACAGUUAGGUGUUCUAGAUGAAAAUGCAGUGUCUAUUUUGAAGGAUGUGAUUAUUCCUGAUAAAAUGCCAGAUGUAGAAGGCUUGGAGCCUCCCCACAAAAGUGUUGGAAGAUGGUUGUCCUCUUAUGAAUUCCAGCAGUCUGUAUUGCACGAAUACACAAAAGAAGAAUUUUCAGCUAGAGAAGAGCAGGAGACAACUUGGAGCAUAGAGCAAACUCAAAAAAUCUUCCUCUCUUAUUUGAUGAUAAACAGCUACAUGGAUGCUAACACUGGAGAAAGGCUCUUGUUGUAUGAUGGUGACUUGGAAGAAGCCAUCAAUAUGUUACUAGAAAGUGGUUGUACAAUAUUUUCUCCAAAAGCAGUGAAAGAAGAAUUUAGCAGUGUUAAUUUAAGUGGGGCAGGAAAAGCCUUAGUUAGUAGAGCUACAGAUAAAAGGAGGCCUGACGUUAUGGUUUCACCUAACAGUGUAGAAGAAAGCUCUUAUGAAGAGGGAGAGAAUGGAGGCACCAUUCAGAAUGGAAAAUACACAGUUGAUAAUGAGUUUCAAAAGAUGGGAAACAGUUUGGUUACAAGAGAUGUUGACCAUCCAGAAUGUGAUACACUUACUCCCUGUGAAACUGAAAAUCAGUUUAAUUUUUCCAAUCUGUGUGUUGGAAUGAAUUUAACCCAACGUGAAAAAGGAAAGAGUAACAGUCUUAACUAUGAUGAAGAAAAUGUAUUUAACAAUUUACAAGAAUACUGUGAACAAAGCCAAGUAGACAUAGUUGAUUAUGUUGAUAAAUAUGACUACCACUCAGGAAAGAUUCCACAGGAUUUUCUGGAGUGCUUAGGUAAAAGUGACUUAACAAAAGUUGACCAUCAUGCAUUGUGCGUUCUGGAUAAAGCAGCAAACCAAGAUAACCAAAGCACAAAUGCUAACUCUUUUGAGGGAUCUCCAAGUAGAAAUGAUUUGUUAUAUAAUGAAAAAGUAAGAUCCAUUCAGAGAAAUGGUGAUGAUAUUUCUAUAUCAGAGAACAGAUCUUCCAUUCAUCAACUCAGUGAUAAGCCCGUGCUACCUGAUCAAGAAAAUAGUGAUUUUCAGCAUAGUUUUGAGUUUUUAGACAGAAAAGAUUCAAGCAUUGGCUUUCUGAAAAGACAGUGUGAAAAAGAUUCAUUAAGUGAUGAAUGUACCAUUCAACUGAAAAAUCAUAAUGAAAACCUUGCCAUUUCACAGUUAGUAGGAAGUAAUGAUAAUGACAUUAAAACCCUUGAGGCUUCCCAACUGGAAAGUGAAAACAAGUGGAGUAAUUCACAGCUUCAGGAAGACGCUCACUUGUUGACUUUUAUGGAUGAUUCUAACAUAGCUGAUGGGGAUGGAACCCCUCAACCUGAAGUAACUGCUGGUGAUAAUGACUAUGAAACUUCACUGCUUGAUGAUUAUGACAGUGACAGCGAUGAUGAUGAUGAGGUCUAUGAUACCCCAGUCUUAGAAGAUUAUGAUCACGACUGUCACAACUCCUCACUUCUUGAAGAUGAUGACUAUGACGGCCUGAAACCUGAAGACUCUGAAGAGCUAAAUAAUGAAUGGGUCAACACCCAUCAGCCUGAAGAUGGUUAUAGUGGCAUUUCCAAAGGGGAUAGAAGUGAUCUAAUGGGCCAUGGGGCAAUAGCCGAGUCAGCAAACUGUCAAGAAGGAUCAUGGACUUUCCGAGACUGUUUCACGGGUGUCAAAGAGGCUGGAUUGAGUUCUGGGGAAAGAAAACAAUUAACUUCAGUUAUUGCAGAUCUGAAUGAUGAUCAAUUCCUGGACAGCAGAUCGGAAGAAGAAAGCACAAGUUACUUUGAAGACGUUGACACCGAAUCAUCGGUUACUCUAGAAUGUGAAGAAAACAUGAGGAUCCCUAGUACUUCAUUGAAGUUAGACGACUCUGGAAAUCGGGAAGGUAGAAGUGAAGAACAUGAAACUCAAGCAAAGGACAGUAUUGAAGCUUGUCAAAGUGAAUGUGUACAAGGUGGCAGAAACGAUGGUAAUGGAAAAUGUGAAUGUGUUGAUUAUGGUCAGGCGAUUGAUAAGUCUGUAUCUUGGGACAAAGAUAGAAAAGUUAUUGCUGCCCAAUUGGGUGUAGAUUCUAUUGAAAGGGAAAGGAAUGUUGAAAAUGGUCAUAGUGUAGAUAAUAUGAAAUGUUCUUGUGAAAUUCAGAGUUAUUUAGUAGGAAUACCAGAAGAUAGUAGUUUUUUACAGUUAAAAGGGACUGGUGAAAAGAAGUUAAAUCAUGAAGGAAGUAUUCUUACAGCAACUCCAAAUCUUCCUGAAUAUUUAAUUAAAAGCAGAGAAAGACAGCUAAAUACUGAACAGGCUCAUGAGGACUUUAAAGAAAAUAAAUAUACAUUACAAAACAUCAUUGAAAAUGAGUCAGAAAAAAUCCGUGGCAUUGAUGGAAAGCCUUUUGGAAAAGAAACGCCUUCCAUUUCACAAGAGCAAAACCCAACUUCUGAAUUUGAUAAUACUGCUUCAGUGGGUAUGGAGGGUGAGGCGGACAAACCAAAGCCUUUAGUUACUACAGAGCCUUCUGUUAUUACAAAAAGGGGUGAAGAACAAUCCUUUGGAAACAUUACUCCUCAGUCCACCUUGCCUCUUUCAGAAAACAUAAGCGCUAAUCAUCCCAUACUCAAAACCCAAAAUUGCCCAAACCAUGAAACAAAUGAUCUAAUUCAAGAGAGACAUGGAAAGAAUAUCUUACUUGUGGAGGAGAAAAUGUCAAUUCAGAAGAAUCACGCAGCUGACCAAAAAAUCAAAGUAGAAGAUAGUAAAGAACCUAAGAUUAUCCUUAAUGAAAGUCAGGGUGAUAAUCUUGAUUCAUCUCCUGAAUCACAGAUCACAAGAAAUGAAAAAUGCAUUGAGAAAGAAAAAGUCCAAGAAGCACCCAAAUCAAACAUGAAUCUAGAAAAUGACUCAUCUAUACAAAGUUUUGCAGUUAGUGAAAGGUCCCAUAAUUUGGAGAGCAUUGGACGAAAUUGUGAUAUAUCUGCAAAUGAACGUAACAGUGCUAGGGAAGACAAUGCUAGUGAAGGUGCUAGUGAAAAUAGUAAAGGUUGCUCUGAUCUUUUCUGUGUUGAAACUGAGGAAGACCUUGAUCUUUUCUCACACUUAAAACAGUGUGCCAAAGGCAUGAAAGUAGGAGACAUCUCUAACCAGAAUCAGGGUAAUCCUUGUUACAAUCAGACAACUGUAGAAGAAGUGGCCCCAUCAGAAUUAAACUUGGAUGAACACAUUCUUGCUUGUCCACCUUCAGAGAAAUGCAUAAAUCCAGGUGAUAAUGGAACUAAAAUAGAAGCAGUUAUCCUCACCCAGGGAACUGAUUUACCUCAGGACAUAUCGGUGAAUGAAAUAGCCAGUAGUCAUGCAUUUACUGUCGAGGAAAGUAACUCAGAAGGCAUUGCUGGUAUUUCACAGAGUGUGCCUGAAAGCAUUGAGACCCAAAUUUCAAAGUCGCCACAUAAAACUGUGAAUGUGAAGGGUGAAAAUGUUUUACAGGUAGAAAGGGAAAUCUUAGUUUGCGCAGCUGACAUAAGGAAUGAUAAUAGCAGUAGUAUUUCUGACACAGAGACUACAUUUUUGGAAAAUAACAUCAGUAAAGAGAGAAUUAGUCACCAACUCCUCAGAGAACAAAUCCUGCCUGUGAAGAAAAUGCAGAGUCCCGAUUCAUCUGAUGUAAUAACCAAGGAAUUGAAGAAGAUUGUGAAGAGCACGUCAAAGGAAAGCCAGAUUUUCUACAGAGAGGAAGAAGAGAUCGUAUCAUAUUCUGACACAAGCAUUUUAUUGCAAAACUUACUUAAAAUAGUUGGCAUCACAAAUGUGGCAUGUAAUCCUUCUAUUAAAUCCAGUGGCUCUCAGACAAGUGAUGAUUCUACAGCUUCCUUAAUAGCUGAAUUUUCAGAAAUAGACACAGGCGAUCAGGCUAGUUCCUUCCUUUCUGCGCCUGUAAAUCAAAGCCCUGAUCUCCUUCUUGAUAUUCUCAAGCAAAACCAGAAGGUCGCAUGGGCAUUUGAAAUAAGGAAUGAGGAGAGGGUGAAUGCCAUUGCCCCAGGAAAAAUGGACAUUGCAUCCAAAUUAAUUCCACUACUUGCUGAUGAACAUUCAUUGAGAUUUGAAGAUUCAUUUGGUGGUUUGACAAAAAAACUGUGUGAUAAUUCUCAGAAUAAAGAUGGACAGAUGGACAGAACUGAUGAAUUUAAACACAAAGCAGAUGGCCACUUUCCCAUUUCAGAAGAAUUGCCAAUGAUUGGAAAAGGGCAUAUUACAGAAAGUGAAUCUCCAAACCAUAAUAGGAACUUUCAGAGCAGCCAUCCACUGGAGAAUAUAUGCACCACUUCAGAAAGUAUUUCAGAAUCCAAAGAAGUUACUUCUGGAGACAGUUCCCUGGGCAAAUUACCAAACAGAGUACAGCAGUGUUCCCAGCACAUUGACAAGAUGCAUGGGUAUAUGACCAUCAUGCAAGAUUUGAAACUUCACUUAGAUCAGCAGCAGCCCUUGGAUAACAGUUUGGAAACUCUGAAAAAUGAAUUAAAAAAGUUAGAGUCAUUUGAAUUGAGUUUGGGAACGAUGUCUGUCAUUUUAAGAAAUGAUAUGAAGUUGGCAGAAGAGUUCCUAAAGUCCUUCUCCAGAGAUAUUCCCAAUGAACAUCUUCAGGAAUUAGUAAGAAGUCAUCAAAAUUUGCAGGUGGAGCUAUCUUUCCUUUGUGACUUAUCAUCAAGAAGAACAAAACAUCUUUUGACUGUUAUAGACUCUGAAAUGUCUAAACUAGCUAUUUCCCAUGAAGAGUUUCUAAGCAGCCUUCAGAAGUUUUCAGACUGGAUCACAGAAAGAAGUAAAAGUGUUAAGGAUUUUGUGGUGGAUGGUAUUGAUUCUGAACAUAUGAAGAAAAAUUUAGAGUUUCUCAAGAACAUAUUGAAGGAGCUUGCCAGUAACAAAAUUCAGCUGGAAACCACAGCCUUUGAUGUCCAGUUCUUCAUCUCUGAAUAUGCUCAAGACCUUUCUCCUAACCAAAGCAAGCAGCUGUUGAGACUUUUAAAUACAACUCAGAAAUGUUUUCACGAAGUGCAGGAAUCGGUAACAUCCCAGGUGGAAAGUAUAGAAGCCCAGUUGCGGAUAGCACAAGAUCUUGGUGAUCAGAAGCUUGUGGCAAAACGGCAACAGGAGUAUAAGGAAAAACUCCAGGGAAUAUGUGAUCUCCUCACACAAACAGAAAACCGGCUAAUUGGACACCAAGAAGCUUUUGGGGGAGGAGACUGUAAGACUGAGUUAAAGCACUACCAAGCCAAACAAGAGGAACUACAGAAAGAUAUGCAGGCAAGUGCUCAAGCAAUGGCAGAGAUAGUGAAAAACACCGAGAAGUUUCUGAAGGAAAAUGAAGAAAAGCUGUCCCAAGAAGAUAAGGCUCUGAUUGAAAAGAAACUUAAUGAGGCUAAGACCAAGUGUGAGCAGCUUAACCAGAAGGCAGAAGAAUCCAGAAAGGAGUUGGAUAAAGCUGUAACCACAGCCAUUAAACAAGAAUCAGAAAAGGUUGCAGCGGUAGAACAGCUGGAAGAGAGCAAAAACAAAAUAGAAGAUCUUUUGGACUGGUUAUCAAAUAUGGAUAAGGAUGCUGAAAGAGCAGGGAAGAAAUGUAAACAGCCAAUUGAACAGAAUGGAACCCACUAUCAAGAAGGCAGUGUAAAAUCUGUGAUUGGAGAAGAGGAUGAAGUUAAUGGCAACCUAUUGGAAUUUCAGCAACACACUGAGUCUGAUGGUGGAGAAUUCAAAACCUCAGAGAAAAAUUUAAAUCAGCAGUACCAGAAAGUCAAGGCUCAACAUGAGAAGAUAGUUUCUCAGCAUCAGGCUGUUAUCAUAGCCACUCAGUCUGCGCAAGCAUUGCUUGAAAAGCAGGGCCACUAUCUGUCUCCUGAAGAAAAAGAGAAGCUUCAGCGAAACAUGAAGGAAUUGAAGGUUCAAUAUGAAACAGCCUUAGCUGAGUCGGAAAGGAAAAUGAAGUUGACCCACUCUCUGCAGGAAGAACUAGAGAAGUUUGAUACUGAUUAUGGUGAAUUUGAAAGCUGGCUACAGCAGUCGGAACAAGAAUUGGAAAACUUAGAAGCUGGUGCAGAUGACCUUAGUGGUGUAAUGACCAAGUUAAAGAGGCAAAAGAGUUUUUCUGAAGAUGUAAUUUCCCACAAAGGUGAUUUAAGGUACAUUACAAUCUCUGGACACCGAGUGCUAGAAGCAGCCAAAUCUUGCAGCAAAAGAGAUGGUGUAAAGGGUGACAAGGAUACUGUUGACACUUCUGCCACAUAUAAAGAAGUGCAGAGUAAGCUGGACAAUGCUACAGAGCGUUUCAAAUCCCUCUACAGUAAGUGUAGCAUCCUUGGAAAUAAUCUUAAAGACCUGGUGGAUAAAUAUCAACACUAUGAAGAUGCCUCAUCUGGACUUCUGCCAGGACUCCAGGCCUCUGAAGUGGCUGUAAAGAAGCACCUCUCCGAGCCCAUUGCUGUAGAUCCCAAAAAUCUCCAGCGGCAACUGGAAGAGACCAAGGCUCUGCAAGGACAGGUGUCCAGUCACCAGGUUGCUGUAGAGAAACUGAAAAAAGCUUCUGAAGUGCUUUUUGAUGCCAGGGGACCUUUACUGCCAGAUAAGAAUGAAAUCCAGAAAACACUGGAUGACGUUAUUGGGAGAUAUGAUAAUUUGUCCAAGUCUAUCAAUGAACGCAAUGAGAAACUCCAGAUAACUUUAACCCGUUCCCUAAGUGUGCAAGAUGGUUUGGAUGAAAUGUUGGACUGGAUGGAAAGUGUUGAAAAUUCUCUGAAGGAACAAGGUCAAGUGCCCUUAAACUCUGCUGCUAUUCAGGAUAUCAUUAGUAAAAACAUUAUGUUGGAACAAGAUAUUGCAGGUCGCCAGAGCAGUAUAAAUGCCAUGAAUGAAAAAGUGAAGAAAUUUAUGGAAACAACAGAUCCACUUACCGCAUCCUCUCUGCAAGCCAAAAUGAAAGACCUCUCUGUCAGGUUUUCAGAAGCAAGUAAUAAACAUAAAGAAAAGCUCACAAACAUGGAGGAGCUAAAGACCAAAGUAGAACUCUUUGAGAACUUCUCUGAGAAGCUCCAGUCAUUUUUAGAAACCAAAACUCAAGUCCUUGUGGAAACAGAUGGUCCGGGAAAAGAUGUCACAGAACUGUCACAGUAUAUGCAGGAAUCUACUAAUGAUUUUGUAGAACACAGAAAGGAUCUUGAAGUUCUACAAAACCUUCUCAAAGAUCUGUCUGCUUAUGGCCUUCCUGGAGACAAGGCUUUGAUUUUAGAAAAAACAAAUGCUCUGUCAAAGAAAUUUAAGGAAAUGGAGGACACCAUGAAAGAAAAAGGAGAAGCUGUAUCUUCUUGCCAAGAACAAAUGGAUGCCUUCCGGCUCCUUGUUGAGUCUUUAAAGACCUGGAUGGAAGAAACAUUAGAAAGAAUUCCAGCUGUCCAGUCCUCUCUUGGCAUGGAUGAUUUAAAGAAAUCUUUGGAAGCCACCAAGUUAUUGCAGGAAAUGUGGAAUUUAAAAGCACCAGAGAUUCAGAAAGUAAACAACAGAGGGUCAUCUUUAUGUAACCUAAUAAGUGCAGUGACUUCCCCUGCUAAAGCAAGAACAAUGGUGAAAUCAGGUGGAGCAGUAUUAAAUGGUGAAGGUACCGCUUCAAAUACUCAGGAGGUUUUGACAAACAAAGAUAUGACAUCUGUUAAAAAGGAUAUGACAGACAUAAACCACAGUUAUGAAGAUCUUGGAAUCUUACUGAAGGAUAACAUUUCUGAACUGGAGAUGAAACUCUCAAAAUUGCAAAAGGUCCAGGAAGAAUCCAAUUCAAUGAUUCAGUGGUUACAACAAAUGGACAAAAAUACAACAAGCUGGGAUGCACCACCUACAGAUAAUGAGGCUGUGAGGGCUCAAUUUGAGCAGAAUAAGACAUUUGAAGCAGAACUAAAGCAAAAUGUGAAUAAAGUGCAAGAGCUGAAAGACAAAUUGUCUGAGCUGUUGGAGCAGAACCCAGACUCUCCUGAGGCACCGAAAUGGAAACACAUGUUGGAGGAGAUAGAUUCCAAGUGGAAAGAACUCAAUCAACUAACUGCUGAUAGACAACAAAAACUGGAAGAAUCCUCAAAUAACCUGACCCAGUUCCAAACUGUAGAAGCUCAAUUAAAACAAUGGCUUGUGGAAAAAGAGCUAAUGGCUAGUGUUCUUGGACCGUUGUCCAUUGAUCCAAAUAUGCUAAAUACCCAGAAACAGCAAGUCCAGAUUCUGCUUAAUGAAUUUGAUACACGGAAACCUCAAUAUGAACAGCUAAAGACAACUGGCCAGAGUAUUCUGAACAGACCAGGUGAACAUCCUCCUUUACAUGGAACUGUGAAAGAGCAACUGGCAGCUGUAGCUGAAAAAUGGGAUUCACUAACGGGACAACUGAGAGACAGAUGUAUUCGAAUUGACCAAGCCAUUGACAAAAGCACACAGUAUCAAAGUUUGCUGCGAAGCCUUUCUGAUAAGCUAAGUGUCUUGGAUAAUAAACUUAGCAGUAGUCUGGCCGAGAGUGCUCACCCUGAUGCUAUGAAACAGCAGUUGGAAGCAGCCAGAGAAAUGGAGCAGGAAAUAGAACAGGAAAUGAAGAAUUUAAAAUUGGCCCAAGUUCUCUGUGAAGACUUGUCAGCGCUGGUUGGAGAAGAGUACUUGAAAGCAGAACUCAGUAGGCAAUUAGAAGGCAUCUUCAAAAUGUUCAAGGAUAUUGAACAAAAAGCAGGACACCACGUUCAACAACUUCAGUCAGCCUGUGCAAGCUCUCAUCAGUUUCAACAAAUGUCUCAAGAAUUUCAAGUCUGGUUAGACACAAAGAAAGAAGAACAAAACCAAUCUCCCCCUAUAUCAGCCAAAUUGGAGUGCCUGCAGUCAUUAAUUAAAGACCAGAAGGAAUUUCAGAAAAGUUUAACUAGCCAAUGUGACUCUUACAAAAAAAUUGUUGCAGAAGGUGAAAACCUAUUACUGAAAACUCAAGGGGCUGAGAAAGCCGAUUUACAGGUUCAGAUAAAUACCAUCAAAACCAACUGGGAUGGGCUUAAUAAACAAGUAGUAGAAAGACAGGAGGAGUUAAAAGAUUGUCUGGAGAAGGCCUUGAAAUACAAAGAGCAUGUAGAAAAUUUGCAGCCAUGGAUAGACAAGUGUCAUAACAACCUGGCAGAAAUAAAGGUUUGCAUUGAUCCUGCUGGAACUGAAAAUUCUAUUGAGAAAGUUAAAGCUCUUCAAAAGGAAAUGGACCAACAUUUUGGAAUGGUGGAAUUAUUAAAUAAUGCAGCAAAUAGUUUGCUCAAUGCCAGUGAAAUAGAUCAGGAAGCUAUUAGAGAGGGGAACAAGUCCUUGAACCAAAGAGUUGACACACUAACUGAACAGCUUCAGAGUAAGAAACAGUCUCUGGAGAACAUGUCUAAGAAACUUAAGGAGUUUCAAGAAGCCUCUAAAGAAACCCAGAGGCUACUGAAGGGUGCCAAGGAACAGCUGGAAGUGUACGAUUCUCUGGGCCCACAAGCUUGCAGUAACAAACACUUAACGAUUAUGCAGAGCCAGCAGAAGUCUCUUCAGACUCUGAAACAUCAGGUAGAGAUGGCUAAAAAGGUGGCCCAGGAACUGGUAGUUGAGGCUUCUGACUCAGAGGGCACCGCCGACCUCCUUAUACAAGCUGAGUCUCUAGAACGAGAGCACAGGGAUGUCAGCCAGCAAGUCGAGGACAAGUGUUCCUUCUUAGAAGCCAAACUUCAGGGCAUUGGCCACUUCCAAAACAGCAUCCGGGAAAUGUUUUCUCAGUUUGCAGAGUUUGAUGAUGAGCUGGAUAGCAUGGCUCCAGUGGGCCGAGAAGGAGAUACUCUGCAGCGCCAAAGGGAGGACAUUAAGGACUUUCUGAAGAAACUACAAGACCUCAUAGUAAGCAAUGGGAAUGCAAAUAAAACCUGCAAGAUGAUGUUGGCCUCUGAAGAAGCGUCUCCCGAUCUUGUUGGUAUUAAGAGGGACUUGGAAGCUUUAAGCAAACAGUGCAACAAAUUAUUAGACCGAGCAAAGGUCAGGGAGGAACAGGUUGAAAGCACUGUAAGCCGGCUGGAAGAAUUUUAUGAAAAGUUAAAAGAAUUUUCUGGAUGCCUUCAGAGAGCAGAGGAGAACGAAGAGUCCCAGGGUCCAGUUGGAAUGGAAACAGAGACAAUAAACCAGCAGCUAAAUAUAUUUAAGAUGUUCCAGAAAGAAGAAAUUGACUCCUUGCAAGCUAAGCAACAAGAGGUAAACUGGUUAGGCCAAGGCCUGAUUCAGAGUGCGGCUAAAAGUACCAGCACCGAGCGUCUGGAACAUGAACUUGAAGAUGUUAACACACGGUGGAAGACUCUUAAUAAGAAGGUGGCCCAAAGAGCAGCUCAACUGCAAGAGGCACUGCUCCACUGUGGGAGAUUCCAGGAUGCCAUGGAGUCUCUGCUUAGCUGGCUUGUUGACACUGAAGAUCUCGUGGCCAAUCAGAAGCCUCCAUCUGCUGAGUUCAAAGUGGUAAAGGCCCAGAUACAAGAACAAAAGCUUCUCCAGAGGUUAUUGGAUGACCGCAAACCCACUAUUGAGGUAAUCAAGCGGGAAGGAGAGAAAAUUGCCGAGACAGCAGAACCAGCUGAUAAAGUGAAGAUCUUGAAACAGCUGAGCCUCUUGGAUAGUAGAUGGGAUGCUUUGCUUAAUAAGGCAGAAACAAGGAAUCGCCAAUUGGAAGCUAUCUCCGUGGUAGCACAGCAAUUUCAUGAAACCCUGGAACCACUGGUAGAGUGGCUCACCAUUACAGAAAAGAAGUUGGCAAACUCUGAACCAAUAGGAACCCAAACGCCCAAGCUGCAAGAGCAGAUUGCUCAGCACAAAGCCCUAGAAGAUGACAUCAUCAAUCGCAAUAAAAAUUUACAUCAGGCUGUUAGUAUUGGCCAAUCUCUAAAAGUUCUGAGCUCCAGGGAGGAUAAAGAAAUGGUACAGGAAAAACUAGAUGCUACCCAAGCACGGUACAUUGAGCUUCAAGACAAAAGUACCAGCCGGUCUGAGCUCCUCCAGCAUGCCCACUCUAAUGCUCAGAUAUUUGGUGAAGAUGAAGUUGAACUGAUAAACUGGCUCAAUGAAGUGCAUGACAAACUGAGUAAGCUGUCAGUCCAGGAUUACACCACUGAAGGGCUUAAACAUCAACAAACUGAGCUUCUGAUCCUGAAGGAGGACAUUAUGCUCAGGAAACAAAAUGUUGAUCAAGCAAUACUGAAUGGUUUAGAGCUCCUUAAACAAACAACAGGUGAUGAAGUUGUAAUAAUUCAAGACAAACUUGAAGACAUUAAAGUGAGAUACAAAGACAUUACUAAAUUGAGUUCUGAUGUAGCCAAGACUUUAGACCAAGCACUGCAACUUGCAGGGCAACUGCAGUCGACCCAUGAAAGCCUUUGCACGUGGCUUGACAAAAUGGAGGUGGAAUUACUUUCAUAUGAAGCCCAGCUUCCCAAGGGAGAAGAAUUAAGCCGAGCCCAAGAAAGACAAAAAGUAUGUUCUGGUUCCCAGUCAUAA